AUGUCGGACGCCGAAGAGCAGGAAUGCGAGGAGGAGCAGCCCGAAGAAGAGGAGGCUGCCGCGGAGGAGGCUGCCGCGGAGGAGGCUGCGGUGGAGGAGGAAGAACCCUCCCCGGCCCCCGAAGAGCCGGAGCCGGCGGCAGAGCGAGAAGAGGAACGGCCCAAACCAAGCCGCCCCAUGGCCCCACUGAUCCCCCCAAAGAUCCCGGAAGGGGAACGCGUGGACUUUGAUGACAUCCACCGGAAGCGCCAGGAAAAGGACCUCUUGGAGCUGCAGACGCUCAUUGACGUGCAUUUUGAGCAGCGCAAGAAGGAGGAAGAGGAGCUCAUUGCACUGAAAGAGCGCAUUGAGCGGCGCCGGGCGGAGCGAGCUCAACAGCAACGCUUCAGAACUGAGAAGGAGCGGGAGCGGCAGGCCAAGCUGGCGGAGGAGAAAAUGCGGAAGGAGGAGGAAGAGGCCAAGAAGCGGGCUGAGGAUGACGCCAAAAAGAAGAAGGUUCUGUCCAACAUGGGAGGCCAUUAUGGGGGUUACCUGGUCAAGGCAGAGCAGAAGCGGGGUAAGCGCCAGACGGGGCGGGAGAUGAAGGUUCGCAUCCUGUCUGAGCGUAAGAAGCCUCUGAACAUCGACAGCAUGGGAGAGGACCAGCUCCGGGACAAGGCCCAGGAACUGUGGGACUGGAUCCACCAGCUGGAGUCCGAGAAGUUUGACCUGAUGGAGAAGAUGAAGCAGCAGAAAUACGAGAUCAACGUUCUCUACAACCGCAUCAGCCACGCCCAGAAGUUCCGGAAGGGGGCAGGGAAGGGCCGCGUCGGAGGCCGCUGGAAGUGAGGCUGAGGUGGUGGCCAGUCUGUGGCAGCCCGUCCGGAGGAACCAGGAGCCCUCGGAGGGCUACUUCCAUCUGUUUCUGAAAAUAAAAGCUCCACCUGUGGCUACCUGC